AUGACGAAGCAAAACAGAGACGCCUGUGAAACGGAAGCCAUCAUCUAUCGGAUCCUAGGAAGCCACCCUCGCAUCGCGAACUGUAUAUCGAUUACCCCUGACAACCAGAUUGAGCUCGAAUACUACCCACACGAUAACUUGAAGGCGUACAUAAGCAGGAAUGGGGGAAAUGUCACCGAGUUGGACCGCAGGCGUUGGGCUCACCAGAUGAUUGAGAGUGUUGCGUAUAUACAUUCCAAGGGCAUCAGGCACUCUGAUCUCCGGCUCGAACAGUGGCUGGUGGAUACAGACCUAAACGCCAGACUUGGUGACUUUGAUGCCGCUGGAUUUGACGAUCAGCCAGAGCUUGGUUUGAAAGCGAGACGGCCCUCAGGACUGGAGACAUGGAGCCACUACCUUCCUCGAGACCCCGAGAGCGGGGGUUCAGUAUAUUCAGAUAUAUUCGCGCUAGGCUCUUCGCUCUACGAGCUUUCGACUGGUCAUCAGCCGUACGAAGCGGUGGAUGGAGAACGAAUCCAGUCAUUGUUCGAAAGCGCAUUGCUAAAUACGCCCAUCGACGACACGUCCGACCCAUCCGAAUGCGCUCUCAGUCUCAUUACCUGA